AUGGCUUACCCGCUUGAGAAGCAGAAGGGUCGCUUUAUCGCUGUCUUCUGGGUCAUCUUCAACUUGGGUGCUGUCAUUGGCGCUCUCGUGCCUCUUGCACAAAAUCUGCACAGCACUGCGCCAGAAGUCAACGACGGCACGUACUAUGCCUUCAUCGCACUCAUGCUGUUCGGCUUCCUCCUCGCCUGCUGCGCCUGCAACCCUCAUUUCGUUGUUCGCAAAGACGGCAGCCGCGUCAUCCUGAUGAAGCAGCCCACCUGGAAGUCCGAGUUCAUUGGCCUGUUUGAGACUCUGAGGUCAGAUUGGUACAUCGUUUUCCUCUUCCCAUUCUUCCUGGCGUCCAACUGGUUCUACACAUACCACUUCCAGGACGUCAACUUUGCCUACUAUAACACCCGCACCCGCGCUCUCAACUCGGUCCUCUACUGGUCCAUGCAGAUGGUCGGUGCGCUGAUCUUCGGUACCUUCCUCGACAUGGGCCGCUUGUCUCGUCGUACUCGCGCCAAGGUUGGCUUGGCUGCGCUCUUCACGCUCACGAUGGCUAUCUGGGGUGGUGGCUACGCCUUCCAGAAGACCUACACCCGUGCAAUGACCGAGGCCGAGGAUUACCAGAAGAAGGACUUCCAGGACUCGGGCUAUAUCGGCCCUAUGUUCCUCUACAUGUUCUAUGGCUUCUACGAUGCUGCUUUCCAAACUACUGCUUAUUGGAUCAUUGGCUCUCUCUCGAACAACGGCCGCAAGCUCGCCAACUUCGCCGGUUUCUACAAGGGCAUCCAGUCCGCUGGUGGUUCCAUCUCUCCCUCCAUCGAUGCCGAGAAGGUUGCCUUUAUGACCGAAUUUGCUGCUAAUUGGGGCCUCCUCGCUGGUUCGAUUCUCAUUGCUGCCCCAGUGGUAUGGAUGAAGGUCACAAACCACACUGAGCUCGAGAAGGAUCUGGUCUUCACUGACGAGACGAGGGAGGAGGUCGUCGCCACCGACCCCACGGCAACAGACGCCAAGCACUGA